UGUCAGCACAGUUUACAUUGGAUUAAUCGUCAGUUAUUUUCCCACACAUCAAGACCAGCCAUGUCCGUCAACAUCCCGUGUCUGGUUGCUGUCAUCAUCCUCUACAUCCUCAUCAUCGGCAUCAUCGCUGCCAGGAAGACAAACAAAGCCAAGGACACGGAGGAAGUGAUGAUAGCCAAUCGCAGCAUGGGGCUCUGGUUGUCGUUCUUUACUCUAACAGCAACUAGCGUAUGUGGAGGUUACUUAAAUGGAACAGCCGAAUACACAGCGUUUUAUGGGCUGUUACAGACUCAAGCCCCGCUUGGAUACAGUAUUGGGCUUUUCUUGAGUCAGUAA